CAGACACGACAAUGGAAGGCUUUCGACGCGCGAGUCGGCGAUUCAGCCAACGGUCCAAGCCACUGUUUGGCGUCAACUACAACGACCGCGUCGAGGCGCUUGCCUGCGAGGCCAUGAUCUUCCUCGAGCAAGAAGGGCUCAAGGAGGAAGGUCUCUUCCGCGUGCCUGGCUCCGUGCCGACCGUCCAGCAGAUGAAGAAGGACAUCAACCGGGCCACGAGUGGGGAUGCCAAGUCUCGUCGAGAACGCAUUCUCGCCACCUUGGAUUUGAUGCCGGAAGCCAAUCUCAACGGACUGAAGCUCUUGAUGCAAUUCUUGGCCAAAGUUGCUCGCUUCUCGAAAUUCAACAAAAUGGAGCCGUCCAACCUGGCCAUUGUGUUCGCACCAAGUUUGCUGCGAUCAAAGGAAGAGUCGACGCAACUCAUUACAGACUCGGUUGUCUCGACCGCCCUCCUUGUCAAUUUGAUUCAAGAUUUCAAUUACUUUUUCGCCGUCAAGCAAGAGGCCAAGGCACUCUACGACUACAAAGCAGUGGACGAAAAUGAAGUGUCGUUGACACGAGGCGAAAAGAUUUUCGUUUUGACGCCACCAGACGACGAAGAGCCCUCGGACUGGAUCAAGGUUGAAGUUGGCUCCAACAAUAUUGGCUAUGUGCCGACCAAAUUCAUCACGUUUGAUCUCACAACACCAAUGGAUACAGUCUACACUGAGGGCAUUCGUCUCACCGCCCAGAAGGUCAAGAGCUUGAUGGAGGCACGAUACCAAGAGAUUUACUCGAAUCUCGAGCGCCGCGACCGAACAUUCUCGACCCUCCAAGUCUUCCGCUCGCAAAUGGAACAAAAGUACUCGACCUUCCGAAAACUCAGUUCAAAGCGAUUGGAAGAGGAGCGUGUCAAAUUUGAAAACACUCGUGUCGCACGGUUCAAACAAAUGAUGGAAUCCCGCUACGGGCGGCCUCCCGGUCAAUCUCCAGAGACGGAUGCUGAAAAUCAAAAGAUCAGCGACGAUUUCAAGCACAUUCUGCUCGAUCGCAUGGACCGAAUCAAGCGGGGCGAGUUUAACUUUGGCGACGCCAGCGUCUUCAACAAGAUGUCCGAGGACGAGCUGAUUGAUCGCUCGAUUAUGCUUGCGACUGCUCGGCCGAAUCACUCGCGGUCUGCUUCCUCUGUGAACUCUGAAGAUGCGGCCGAGACGAGCGCAGUGUAG